AUGCUUGGAUUUGGUCGCCCUCGCCUCAAACGUAAAAAGUCGGUGAUUGAAUUUAUAACUGGCAAGAGUAUUGACGACCUUGCUACUGUAUCGGAUCUUAAGUACCUUCACCUGCAGCUUGGCCUCCCCGAUCUUAUCGAGGACGAUUUAGACGAGGGAGAGCUUGCGGGUCCCAGCUCCGACAACAGCUCUUCCGUCUUUGCCUUUCCACAACCACUCCAGACCCUACACACAACUGCUCGCACAUACAGAAGGAUGCCCGCUUCAAAGGAGAGUGGUAUCGGCGAUGACCACCAGAAUGGAACUGUCUUUUCCGUCUCUGGUCCGGUCAUUGUCGCCGAGAACAUGAUCGGGGUCGCCAUGUAUGAGCUCUGCAAAGUCGGCCACGAUGCACUGGUGGGCGAAGUCAUUCGCAUAGAGGCCGACAAGGCGACGAUUCAGGUCUACGAGGAGACUGCUGGUGUCACCGUUGGAGAUCCUGUCCUGCGAACUGGCAAACCUUUAUCCGUCGAGCUCGGCCCUGGCCUCAUGGAAACAAUCUACGACGGAAUCCAGAGACCGCUCAAGACCAUUGCUGGCAAUACAAACAGCAUCUACAUCCCCCGCGGCAUUUCCGUUCCUUCUCUGGAUAGAGAGAAAAAAUGGCCCUUCACCCCCACCAUGAAGGAAGGAGAUCAUAUCAGUGGUGGUGAUGUCUGGGGCAAAGUGGUUGAGAACAGUCUUGUCAACGAACACAGAAUUCUCUUACCCCCAAGAGCCAGAGGCACGAUCAAGAAGAUUGCCCCCAAGGGUGACUACACUGUCGACGAACCUCUGCUUACGCUCGAGUUCAAUGGCGAGACCAAGGAAUACCCAAUGAUGCACACAUGGCCCGUCCGGGUUCCUCGACCUGUCAACGAACGUCUACAGGCCGAUUCGCCUUUCAUUGUCGGGCAACGAGUCCUCGACGCCCUCUUCCCUUCAGUCCAAGGAGGCACUGUGUGCAUUCCUGGUGCAUUUGGGUGCGGCAAAACUGUUAUUUCCCAGUCCGUUUCCAAAUUCUCCAACAGUGAUAUCAUCGUCUAUGUUGGUUGUUUCGCUGCUGGCACGCCUGUCAUGAUGGCUGAUGGGACUAACAUGAACAUCGAAGACAUCACUGUCGGCGAUUCUGUCAUGGGAAAGGAUGGUAAAGCUCGCGUCGUCAAAGCUCUUCCCCGAGGUGAGGAGACCAUGUACGAAAUCGGUAUCAAGACUCAGCAUCAGGACGAGACAUUCCGAGAAGUCUCGUAUACCUGCAACGCCAUGCAUCUUCUGGUCCUUCAGACUCCCCAACGUGUCAGCAUCUUCGAUCAUCACCUUGAAGGCAAGAUGCAAUCCAGUGUGUCCUUCUUUGCUUUCGAUACUCGCCAAGCAGCUACUGAAGAUGGCGUCAAUGUCGUCCGCGAAUUGAAGCAAUACACGAAGUCCUUCCAACACGACUCUCAUGGCGGCAGCGAAAGGGCUCGCAGCCUCGCCGAGGACUUUGCUGCCAGCAUACCACGCGAUGAUUUCCACUGGGCUAUCGAAGCGCGCGACAUUGAUUUCGUCGAUGUUCAUGUCCGCGAGGCGACCCAGCAGCUCAUCUCCCCCAUCUUCCUCCAAAACGAGACGCUCAACUCCCACCUUGUCCAGAAGGGCUUCGAUGGCCAUCUCGCCCCUCAGAUGGCCUAUCUGCUUGGAUCCUGGGUCGGGAAUGGCCAUCACGCAGAUUCGAGGAUGUCGGUCGAUCCAGAAGACACAGAGUUAGUUGACCGCCUCGAAGAGUACGGCAAGAUGUUUGACUUGGAGUCUGACCUGGUCACUUUCGCCCCUGGCAAAAGAACGGUCUUGGGUGAAAUCCAUGUCAAGCAUUCUCGACCGGCCAACUCUAUCUCCGCUGCACUCGAAGUUGCUAAGAAUCUCGGAUUCAACUUUCACGAGGGCGAUGACCUAGCUGUCGAGCUUCGAGGUAAAGGCAUGAAUACCGGCUCGACCAAGGGGCUGAACACCAACAAUGUCUUCUGGGACAUGGUUCUAGCCACUGGUGUCCGUGGUUCCUCCGAUGACCGGCUCAAAAUGGUCCCGCUCUGGCUUUCUUCCGAGUCUUUCGAAGUUAGGGAGCAUUUCCUAGCAGGUUUGAUCGACUCUCAAGGGCAGGUCGAGCUCAACGAUCGCGAGCAGAGUGCAACUGUAAAGACCGUCUACCCAGCGGUUUGCGAGGGACUCGUUCGUGUCGCUCGCUCCCUCGGCUUGUGCGUCAGCGUCUUCACCGAAGAGGAGAAGGCCUUCUGCGUUUACAUGACUGCUACUGGAAUCCUUGAAUCAGUCCUGAGUAAAUGUGCUCUCUCAAGCAACAGAACUGCCGCCCCAACAAGUGUUGAGCGCAAGGCCCAGCCCGUCUACUUCGAUGUCGUCGAGAAACCAGCUGCUCCCUACUAUGGCAUCACUUUGCCCGACGAUUCCGACCAUCAAUUCCUUCUGGGUAACUUGAUGCUCGUGCACAACUGUGGCGAAAGAGGCAACGAGAUGGCCGAAGUUCUGAUGGACUUCCCCGAACUAUCCAUCACCAUCGACGGUCGCAAGGAGCCCAUCAUGAAGCGAACUUGUUUGAUUGCCAAUACUUCCAACAUGCCCGUCGCAGCUCGCGAGGCUUCCAUCUACACCGGAAUUACAGUAGCUGAAUAUUUCCGCGAUCAGGGCAAGGCGGUGGCGAUGAUGGCGGACUCAUCCUCUCGAUGGGCUGAAGCGCUACGUGAGAUCUCUGGGCGACUGGGAGAGAUGCCUGCGGAUCAAGGAUUCCCGGCGUAUCUGUCUGCGAAACUGGCCUCGUUCUAUGAACGUGCAGGUGCUGCCACCGCUCUAGGCUCUCCUGAACGCAAUGGUAGUAUCUCCAUUGUCGGGGCCGUGUCACCGCCGGGAGGAGAUUUCUCUGAUCCAGUCACGUCUGCCACAUUAGGUAUCGUCCAAGUCUUUUGGGGGCUCGACAAGAAACUCGCACAGAGGAAACACUUCCCUAGCGUCAAUACCUCGCUCUCAUACAGUAAGUACACCAACAUUCUCGAUAAAUUCUACGCCAAAGACCACCCUGAGUUCCCUCGUCUGAGGGACCGCAUCAAAGAACUCCUCACAAACUCCGAAGACCUCGACCAAGUGGUCCAACUUGUGGGUAAAUCGGCCCUUGGCGACUCAGACAAGAUCAUUCUCGACGUCGCGGCCAUGCUCAAAGACGACUUCCUUCAACAAAACGGAUACAGUGACUACGAUCAAUUCUGUCCCCUCUGGAAGACUGAAUACAUGAUGAAGGCGUUUAUGCAGUUCCACGAUGAGGCACAAAAAGCCGUCAGCAGUGGUCUGAGCUGGGCGAAAGUAAGGGAGGCCACGUCAGAGAUCCAGCAUGGCUUGAGAAGCAUGAAGUUCGAGUUGCCGGAUGAUCAGGAGGAAGUCAGUGGGAAGUAUGACCGAUUGUUACAGCAGAUGAGCGAGAAAUUUGCGAGUGUCAGCGAUGAGUAA